AUGUCAGAGUUGACUAAAUUAUUGUCAGAUCUUGAAAUCAUUUUACACAAUGAAUAUGGUAAUUUGGACGAAUGUUUAAGGCCACUCGAAAAGAACUGUCAUGCAUACGUAUUCACUAGGAAUUUUAAAACGAAGAUUUAUUUAUCAAUUAAUUCGUUCUUUGUUUCGCUUUACUUUCAUUUAUAUCUUUAUUAUGAAGAGAAAAAUAGUAAUUUGUCGUUUUUCUACUUAAAGAAGAUGCUAUUAAUUGCUACUAGAGACAUCAUGCCCCAUUACUUUGACUUGCUAGGUAACAGUGACAUUAUUUGUGACUUCGUCAUUAACCCGACUCUUGAGAUGACAAUUCAUAAAUCAAAUCAAGUAAAUCUUGCAUGUUUAGUGAAGACAAAUUUCAUUAUUUAUAGUAUGACACGAGACAAUCGACACAACGAAAAAAUGAUUAUUGAUCUGGCCUAUCGUUUAAAUUUUAGAAUGUUGUGCAAAUUAUCCACGUAUUUAACUAGAUGUGCCGAGUUUUCGAUCGAAGCUAUAUCAAAGAUUAGUAAUAGAUACUAUUAUGCUUGGAGAAUUACAAAAGGACAUACAUAUUUAUUGAAAACGAUUACAAACAAAGACUUCUAUAUGGACAAAUACAAAGAGGUCAACCAUCUUUGUGUCCAGCGUUUUACGACUGAACAAAUGGAAGAUUUAAUCAAAAUAUGUGAAACGACGUUAAACAAGGUUGGUAAAUUUGAAACAAAUUCUAAUGAAUUUCAAUCAGAAUUCUGCAACAUCUUCUAUUCGGAGAGUGAGACACCUAGUACCAGGCUGAAUCCUAGUACUGCCAACAACUAUGCAACCACUCCAAAUUUGAGAGCUAAUACUACUAAUACUGAUAAAAAUAACACUAAUUCCACAUUAAAGAAUAAUACUAUUUAUAAGGGAUUCGAAUCGAAUUACGUUGAUAAUGCAGAAAUUGAUAAGUUGUGGUUCCAAAUGCUUUGUGUAAAACAUGAUAAUAAAAUGUUUGAUAGUGGUAUGCAAGAAAACGGUGACCCUUUGAGUUUUGAUUCUCAAAGAAUGGUAAAUGGUUUUACAAAUUCACCAGGUAUUAAUUAUAUGGAGAAUAAUGAACAGUCUCAGAAGGGUGCUGGCCCUGCUGGAUUUAAUAAGUCUCAAGAAGGAACAACCCCACUUUCAAGUCAGAAUUACAAUUCUAAUAUUGAUAGGUACGGGAUCGAUUUGGAGCAGGCUAUCCAUUUUGAUAUUUUCAGUGAGCUACCUCUUGAUCAGGUAUUCAAUAACGCUGAUGGCGUAGGAAUUUAA